AUGGAUAGGCUUCAAAAUCCUCAAAAUCCUCAACUACUUCAGACAGAAGCUGUGGCAGAUGCAAUCCAAAGACUUUGGCCAAUAUGUAAAGCCAUAUUUGAUCUUCGUGCUUGGGACAAAGAAGUCUUAGUGCAGAUGCAAAUACGCUGUGAGUUCACUCACUGA